AUGUUUCAGGAUUUAGAUUUGGGGGCUCUCACCGACUCCAUGUUUCAGGACUUAGAUUUGGGGGCUCUCACCGACUCCAUGUUUCAGGAUUUAGAUUUGGAGGCUCUCACCGACUCCAUGUUUCAGGACUUAGAUUUGGGGGCUCUCACCGACUCCAUGUUUCAGGAUUUAGAUUUGGGGGCUCUCACCGACUCCAUGUUUCAGGACUUAGAUUUGGGGGCUCUCACUGAUUCAGAUUUGGGGGCUCUCAUUGUCUCCAUGUUUCAGGAUUUAGAUUUGGGGGCUCUCACUGUCUCCAUGAUUCAGGACUUAGAUUUGGGGGCUCUCACUGUCUCCAUGAUUCAGGAUUUAGAUUUGGGGGCUCUCACCGACUCCAUGUUUCAGGAUUUAGAUUUGGGGGGCUCUCACGCCUCUGAGGACGCUCUGUCCAUCACCCCGGGGGUCCCCCAGGAGAGCGGGGCCGGCCUCUUCCCCACCACCCAGGACUCAGGCGGGAGGCCCCCUGUGGUCACGACCGCACCACCGGUCCAUGUCCCGAACCACCAUCCGGACUACAGGAACUCCCCCCAGCACCCGGCUCCACCCGGCCCACGCAGUCAGCUGAACUACUUCGAGGACAGUGGGGGAUCCAGCUCCAAGCUCGCCUUCUCCACCCCCCCACCCGGGCCUCCACAUGGUGAGGAGGCCUCAGAUGAGAGCGCUGAGAGCUCCGACAUGCAAACAACCGUCGUUACGCACACAUCAGCUCCCACGACUCCGUGCAGCACGGGUUUAAAGAAUCCAGAACGCCCAGGGACGGAAACAUCUCCUGCUCCGUUUGCAGGGGAGGAAGACCCGGUGAGGAAGGAUCAGACUCAUCAGACUGUGAGGCCUGGAGGUGAUGAAGAGGAGACAACCACCACCACCAUCACCACCACCACCAUCAUCACCACCAUGCAGAGUCCAGUCCCCUGCCAGCUGAACCUGACCGGUCCUGAAGGAUUCAUCGAGGCUCCUCCACAGUCCAGCUCGGCCUUUCACUCCACCAUGGACUGCAGCUACGUCAUCACCGUGUAUAUGGGCUACGGAGUGGAGGUCCAGGUGAUGAACGUGAACCUGUCGGAGGGAGACAAGGUGGCGUUUGAAGACGUGGGUCACGGCGAGAACACCAUGCUGGCCAACGAGUCCAUCCUGAUGAGAGGGUUGGUGGUUCGGAGCCACAGCAACCAGAUCUCCAUCCGCUUCCACAGCCCGAAGUCUGAGGCCGGUUCUGUGCUGCUCAGAUACCAAGCCUUCGUGCUGAGCUGUGUGUUCCCCCGGCGGCCUCUCUACGGUGACGUGUCAGUGAGCAGUCUGCACUCUGGAGGAGAGGCUUUCUUCUCCUGUCUGACCGGCUACAGGCUGCAGGGCCCUGCUGUGCUGACCUGCCGCAAUGCUAGCACCCCCUACUGGAGUGGCAAGGAACCACACUGCCUCGCUGCCUGUGGAGGUUUGAUGAAGAACGUCUCCGUCGGCCGGAUCGUCUCUCCAGGUUUCCCCAGCAACUACAGCAACAACCUGACGUGCCACUGGCUGCUGGAGGCCCCCGAGGGCCACAAACUGCACGUCCACUUCGAGAAGGUCGCUCUGGCUGAAGACGACGAUCGGCUGCUGAUUAAGAACGGGAACAGCAUCGAUGCAGCCGCUCUCUACGACUCGUACGAGGUGGAGUACCUGCCCAACGAAGGUCUGCUCAGCACCUCCAGACAUCUCUUCAUCGAGCUGACCACGGACGCGGCAGGAACGUCCACCGGCAUGGCCGUCAGGUACCAAGCCUUCGCGGCGGGUCACUGCUACGAGCCCUUCGUAAAGUACGGUAACCUGACCAGCAGUGACAGCACCUGGGCGGUGGGAGCGUUGGUGGAGUUCACCUGUGACCCCGGCUACACUCUGGAACAAGGAUCUGUCACCAUCGAGUGCAUGGACCCCAACAACCCUCAGUGGAACGAGACGGAGCCGGCCUGCAGAGCUGUGUGCAGCGGUGAGAUCACAGACUCUGCAGGAGUGGUCCUGUCCCCUAACUGGCCCGAGGCGUACGAUAAAGGACAGGACUGUAUCUGGGGGAUCCACGUUGAGGAGGACAAGCGCAUCAUGCUGGACAUCCAAGUGUUGAACAUCGGGAAGAACGACUUGGUGACGUUCUACGAUGGAGACGACCUGACGGCUAAAGUCCUGGGUCAGUAUGGAGGAUCCAAGUCCAGAUUCAAGCUCUACACUUCCACCGCUGACGUCACCAUCCAGUUCCAGUCCGACCCCGCCACCAACGUGUACGGCUACGGGAACGGCUUCAUCGUCCACUUCUUUGAGGUGGCUCGUAACGACACCUGCCCAGAGCUCCCGGAGAUCACCAAUGGCUGGAAGAGUACAUCUCACCCUGAGCUGGUUCAGGGCACCGUGGUGACGUACCAGUGUUACCCGGGUUACCAGGUGACGGGGGCAGAGCUGCUCAUGUGCCAGUGGGACCUCACCUGGAGUGGAGACCUGCCGAGCUGCGAGAGAGUGGUGUUGUGUGCUGACCCCGGUAAGGUGGAGCACAGCAGGCGGGUGCUGUCAGGUCCACAUUUCACUGUGGGUUCAACCAUCCAGUACAUCUGCAGCAAAGGCUUCACUCUGUCAGGAAACAGCCUCUUAACCUGCUUCAACAGAGGAUCUGCAGGACCCAAGUGGAACCAGAAGCUGCCUCGGUGCAUACCCGAGACCUUUGAGCCCUGCGGCCACCCGGGGACACCCACUUACGGCGUCCCGAGCUCAACGAAGGUCCACUUCCAGCCUGGAGAGACGCUCCACUACUCCUGCCUGAAAGGACAUCAGCUGCUGGGAGAGCCCAUCCUCCAUUGUGUCCCUGGACACCCAUCUCAGUGGAGUGGGCUGCCCCCUGUCUGCAAAGGUCACACAGCAGAGGAUGAGCGCAGAUUAAGCGUGUCCACAUCAGACCUCAGGAUGGAGGGAGCUCAGGCAGCGUUUGCUGUCAUCAUCCCCAUCACCCUCCUCCUCAUUCUCAUCAUCGGGAUCUACCUCUACUUCUCAAAGGUCCAGAGGAAGCCACUCCGGCUCUCCUCCAGUUUACCGUACGAAAACAUCUCUGCAGAAUCCACGUUUGACAACACAGUUCAUGAGACGACGAACAACGAGGAAACGAGAGAAUACGAGGUUUCGAUCUGAGACCCGGUGUGUGUGUUUCAGUAUGGACAGAUAAGAAGCCCGCCGGCCUUUUCAACGUCUGUCACACUCACACCUCCAGUGACUCCCUCCCUCCUUCCCUCCCUCCCUCCCUCCCUCCCUCCGUCCCUCCGUUCUCUGUACACUGAAUAUGAGCCUCCCUUUAUUUACCCAGCAGAGGACACCACGCCGCCCUGGAAAGGCUGGACCACCGGAUUAUUUUUCUAGCUCCUCCACAGUAACGGUCCGGCAGCAGUUUGUACAGUUUUUAUCCUGAGCUCGCAUCCUGAGGACUUUCAGUGCAGCGUACCAUCCCAAAAAGCAAAGAGGAGUCAUGUGACGCUAACGCCAUUAAGUGCAUAUAACCACAGAUGAUGCAUUAUGUUAUGUUCACUACACACCGUUUAAAAACAUGGACAUGGGAGGUUUAGGAGUGAUGCUGGAAACACAGCAGCUUUGCUUUUAUCAGAGAACGUCCAACAGAUCUUCAGGUUCAUGCAACUUUCUGAAACAAGAAAUCUGGGAAUGAGUGAUGAGUCCAGAGCUUUACAGAGGUAGCCUAGCUUAGCAUAACGAUUGGAAGGAAGGGGAAACCAUGUACUGCAUUAAAGAAGCAGACUCAAACCUACAUCCCUUCUAAUUGCCACCAGGGGGCUCCACUUGCUACAAGAAGCUGCGAAUCCACUGCACACUGACAUGACUUUACUGCUAUCUUUUGUUUUCUUAGUUAAACUUCUGUUUUCACUUCUUAAAGGCACUAUGAGGAGUUUUUAAGUGGUUGAGAAACAGACUGAAACUGAUACUGAUGCCUCUUUAUGACCCUCAAAAGCAAACAAGACCAUCCACAACAACACUGAUAGCUUCUCUGUUGUCAUUUUUAAUGCAUGACACCGCUCUGAGGGGGUAGGUGUCAGAUCAGAUGAUUGACAUCUUGCUUUAGAGACACCCCGUUAUGUCUAUUUUCAUGGCAAAUAAUCACACCGUGUGAUACAUUUGUAUGUUAAACACAACAGGAUGAGGUUAUUGUCUGAAGAUGCAAAUUUUGCAUGUACAGGAUAAGAGGUAUUACUUUGUCCACAAGGGGGCGCCAGAAUCGAUACAAACCAAAAGUUCCUCACAGCAGCUUUAAAAACAGUCUGUGGGAAACAGCUAGCUUUGCUUUGUCCAACUUUAAGAUUAUUACAAACGACGUCCGAGCUGUAAGGCCACGUUAAAGAAAAACAAUCUGAUGUUUCAAGAAUAAAGUUGGGAUAUGAUACAAGUCACAAGAGAUUAAAGUUGUAGAUUGUAGAUCACAAACAAUAAAGCAUAACAAUUAAAACACAAAGAUCCGCUCAGCAGGAAACGCCCGAA